AUGUUGACCAAGCCUGUCGUCUUGCGCUACUUGCUCGCUUGGCUGAAGGGCACAACAUAUACCGAAGCGGACGUGGGUGUGUACUUGCAUUGGGGCUAUGGUUUUGGCGUUGCCCUAGCACUUGCAGGACUAGACUUCAUGCAAACCCUGGUCCACCACCGCGCAUUUUAUUUGACGAUUCGCACGGGGUGGCGCUUGCGCACGGCAGUGCAGGCCCUCCUGUACAAAAAAGUCCUUUCUCUGGACAGCCGGUGGCAAUCCACGGCGAGCACAGGCCAAAUCGUCUCGACCCUCGCGAACGACUGUCAACGGUACGAAGAAUGUGCGACGAGCCUGCACUUUGUGUGGGUGGCGCCGCUCAUGGCACUGGCUGGCUUUGGGCUCUUGGUCAUGUAUGUAGGGGUGGUGUCCGCCGCGGUCGGCUGCGUUGCCACCGUGGGCGUGAUCCCCCUCCAAGUUUGGUGCGGGAGGCAAGUGGGCCACGCCCGUCGCGUCACGGCGGGCCGCACGGACAAGCGCGUGAAGCUGAUGGCCGAGGUGCUCUCUGGGAUCCAGACCGUCAAGGCCUUUGUGUGGGAGGCGCCCUUCCUCGCCACCAUCUCCCAGGUCCGGGCCUCGGAGCGGGAAUCCCUAGCCUGGGCCGCCAGGAUGCGGGCGAUCACACUGGGCCUCUUUUCGUGGCCCCCUCCUUGGCGGCCUUCGUGA